UAUCUUUCAAAAUUCAAUUCUCAACAUUGAACUUUCUAUUUUAACCAUUGUCAACAUAUACUACCCUUAUAUAAGCUACAAUGUCGUCCAUAGGACCACAAUUGCCACCUCACCUUGCCAAGCGCAAGCGUACCCCCGACGACGAAUCUCCAGAAUCCCCAAGAGCAAAGCAACGAGAUACAGACCGCAAUCAAGACGAAAUAAAUCUCGACAGCGACGAUGAAGACGAUUACGGCCCAUCUGCACCUACAACUGCGCCCGCACCUCUACCCCCUGCUAGAGGCCCUAUAGGACCUUCAUUACCACCUUCAAACACAGACGAGAUCGAUUUAGAAGACAGUGACGACGAUACCAUCGGCCCAUCUGCUCCUCCACCGCCAAAAUCAAAACCGUCUAUAGGACCUACCCUCCCACCCACAAACCGCGACGAAAUUCCACUAGAAGAAACAGACUCUUCAGAAGACGAAGCAGGACCAGCACCACCAACAGCCCCAAAGCCAAUACCAGCGCCUACAAGACGCGUCCAAGGUCCCGCCCCACCUCCAGCUCCCCUCUCCGAGCGUCCACCCUCACCCGCCUCCUCCUCCGACUCAGACUCCGACUACGGCCCCGCCCUCCCAACAUCAACCUCGCACCAAGCGCGCCAAACCGCCGCCCUCGCCGCCUCCACAGCGCGCGCCGCAGAAGAAGCCGCGAAACCACAACGCGACGAAUGGAUGCUCGCGCUCCCCACCUCAAGCGGGUACCGCGCGCCGGACCCAACAAAGCUCAAAAACCGGCGCUUCAACUCCGGCCCACGAACCAACACCUCCACCUCCAACAGCAGCAGUGGUGAAAUCGCCAGCAUCUGGACCGAAACUCCCGAACAAAAGCGCAAGCGUCUAGAAAACGCCGUGUUAGGCCGGGACAGCGGCCCCCAAGCCGCCACCACAACCGGGAGUAGCACGAACCAAAGCAAGAAAGCGGACCUGGACUCGGAGCAAGCCGCGCGGAUCCGGCACUUCACGGAAGCGACGCGGGGGAAGUCGCUGUACGAGGAACACCAGGCGUCGCGGAAGGGGCGGGAGCUAGGCGCGGAGGAAGAGGAGGACGAUCCGAGUAAGCGGGCUUUCGACCGCGAGAAGGAUAUCCGGUCCGGGGGGCGUAUUAGCGCGACGCAGCGGCGGGAGUUUAUGAAUCGGGCGGCGGAUUUUGGGGGGAGGUUUGCGAAGGGGAAGUUUUUGUGAUGUGGUAAGGACUUACAUAUCAGUGUGGGUAGGGGGAUAGAUGGGUGGGUUGGAAGAUGUGUAUAUACCUACCUACCUACCUACGAUGAUAAGGGGGAGGGAGGGACUAGAUUUAGAUGUCGACGCAAGAUACCCUAUUCAUGUUCAUAUGCCAGACUGCAAAAUGACGAUAUACAUCUACGAUCAU